AUGUCUAACUCUCAAAAACGGCGUCGUAUGCUUACUGAAUCUCUUUCUUCUCCUAAUGCGUCCACUUCAGUACCUAUACGCCAGUCUUUUACGUCAUGUAGGAAUGAGGUCUCUAAUUCCAUGUACAUAGAUAACGGUGAUUGUACCUGCAUAUGCGAACAUUGCAAUGCCUUAUUUUGGUACGAAGAACGUGUCAAUGCGAUGUCUUCUAAUUGUGCUUGCUAUAAUUAUUGCUUUAAACAUGGUCGUGUCAAGCUUGAUUCUCCUUCCCUUCCUCCUGCGUCAUUGUUACAUCUAUUUAAUAAAUCUGAAUUUCUUGAUAAUAUACGUGCAUACAACAACAUGUUCUCAAUGACAUCUUUUGGUGGAAUAGUUGACGAUUCUAUCAACGAUGGCUCUGCUCCUUACGCUUUCAAAAUUGAAUGCCAGAUUUACCAUUCGCUUGGUUGCAUUGGUGCUAUUAUCAAUGAUCCUGGACCUGAGUCAAAUGGGUUUGACAUUGUCAUUAGACAUAAGGUCACUGGCCCUCAAAGAAUAAACAUACUGCACCCAUUGUACAUGUCACUGCAAUAUCCUUUGUUGUUUAUUCAUGGUGAAAGUGGUUGGUCCCGUGACUUGCGCCUACAGGGUAAUGGCUCAAACAGAAAUAAUACUUUGACUAGGAAUAUGUUCUAUUACUACCAACUACAUGAUCGUGCCAAUACCUAUUCUUUACUACUAAGAGGUGGACGUCUUUUCCAACAAUACCUGGUAGAUGCUUACGUGUGCAUCGAGCAAGACAGGCUUAACUUCCAUAGAUAUAAUCAAAAUGCUCUUAGAAGUGAAUACAUGCAAGGAAUACAUGAUGCAGUAACACGUGGAGACACCGAAGGAAAGGAUAUAGGCAAGCGUAUAAUUUUACCAUCCACGUUUACCGGUGGUCCACGCUACAUGUACAAACACUAUCAGGAUGCCUUGGCAAUGUGCAGAGUUCAUGGGAACCCAAAGUACUUUAUUACAUUCACCUGCAACAUUAAAUGGCCUGAGAUUCGUAGAUACAUCGCCAAAUUUCCAAUCCUAAAGCCGGAGGAUCGUCCAGAUGUCAUAGCAAGAGUCUUCCAUAUGAAAGUUACUUCAUUUGUAAAUUUUCUUAAAGUUAGAAGACCAUUUGGAAAGGUUACUGUAGGUAACUUAUCUGCCUCAUAUUAUAUAGAAAACUCCAUAUCUGUUAUAGAGGCAUACUCAUGUUACUUGAAAGCCGUUCGUUUAUGUUAUCCAGACUUAUACACCAUAGAGUUCCAAAAAAGAGGUUUGCCUCAUUGUCACCUUCUUUUAUGGGUUGAUGAAGCACACAAAAUAAAGAACGCUGCACAAUUAGAUGCCUACAUAGCAGCGGAAAUUCCAGAUCCCAUCAAGGAGCCAACUUUGUAUACAAUUGUCAUUGACUCCAUGAUACAUGGACCUUGCAGCAUCGCCAAACCUAACUCACCAUGCAUGGCAUUAGGAUCAUGUAAGAAAAAUUUCCCUAAGGAUUACGAGCCUGUUACAAGAUUCGAUGACAAUGGCUAUGCACGCUAUAAGAGACAUCAAAGCACAGACCGUGUAAAAUACACUCUUAAAAAGACGCCUACCCCAACAGACAACUCUACAGGUAACACUGCAACAGAAAUCGACGAAAUUACAGACUUUGUUGAUGGCAGAUUCAUUUGUCCACAUGAAUCAGCUUGGAGAAUCUUUAAUUUCAUGAUUCAUGAACCAAACCCUUCUGUUCAGAUGCUUUCCGUUCACUUAGAGAAUAGGCAAAAUGUCACAUUCAAAGACAAUGAGAAGCUUGAGAAUAUGGAAUCUACGGGAAAAUGUUGGCUUCGUAGAGUCACAAAUAAAACACCAGCAAUCGGCAGACUUGCAUACAUACAUCCAAGUGCCGGUGAGGCGUUUUCCUUUCGAAUGCCUUUGUCACAUCAGAAAGGUUGUAGGUCAUUCGUAGACAUACGAACCAUUUCUGGUGAAGUCCUUCCAACAUAUCGCAUAGCGUGCGAGAAACUCGGCUUACUUAGAGAUGACAAUGAAUGGUCGCUUGCGAUAGAGGAAGCUGCUACGUGGGCAAAUGCUUCUGAAUUAAGGUCUUUAUUCACUCGUAUGCUUCUGUUUUGUAAAAUGUCAAACCCCAAAAGACUCUUCGAUCAAAAAUGGAAAAAAAUGAGUGAUGAUGCAAGUCAUAUACAUGGCAUAGUAAAUGAUGAAGACCAAAUGCAAUAUGUUCUUUAUGAAAUUGAGUUGUUGUUACAUUCUGGAACACCCUCGACUUCAUUGUCUGAUUACGGAUUACCCAUGCCUAAACUAGAAGUACUUGCAUCAUUGAUUAAUCGACUGCUGAUGGAAGAGAGAAAUUACGAUAGACAAACACUUAGAACUAAGCAUGAGUCAUUCCGCUCUAGCCUACAUCUAGAGCAAAAUUAUAUUUAUGAACAUGCCAUCACAUCUUUAUCAUUAAACAUACAAGUUUUGGCAUUUGUUUAUGGGCACGGUGGAACUGGAAAGACUUUCCAAUGGAAAACAAUUAUUACUAGACUACGUUCUGAUGUAAAGAUUGUUUUGGCAGUUGCAGCCUCGGGUAUUGUUUCGUUGUUGCUUCCCUCUGGCAGAACAGCUCAUUCAUGA